CAGAUCCGGAAGUUCUGUGGGUAGAGGACUAGAGACUGCAGAUCGAGGGUCUGGCAGCGGGCCGUGGCAGUUGGGUGAUUACGACGAAGAGAGAUGGGCCUCCUCGACAAGCUGUGGGACGACACCGUCGCAGGCCCGCGCCCGGACACCGGGCUCGGCCGCCUCCGCAAGCAGCCUGUGCGUCCCGCCGCCGUCAAGAUCAGUGAUCCGGCCGGGGACGCUGCAGCGUUCGUGCCGCCCUCGCCGGCUUCGGGUAGCGAGGAGACGCCGGUGAAGGUGACGCGCAGCAUCAUGAUCAAGCGCCCCGCGGGGUACCCGUCGUCGCCGAGGAGCGCGGCAAGCACGCCGCCGGCCUCGCCACUGGGGACUACCCCGCCCAUCUCGCCGUUUGCCGGCGCCGGUGGUCGGUUCAGAAGGAAAUCAUCGUCCGACGCAUACGAGAGGGCGACCCCGCCAGGGACGACCAGCCACCCUCCUCCCUUCGACGUGUGAACUGACCGCACCCUCGCACUUGUUUUUGCUCCUUCACAAGCAUCAUCUACGGUAGACAGGGAGGACCGGAGAAGAAAGACAUCAAGAGGGGAACGGGGAUGAUCUAGUCGCGGGUUGUCUUACCUCUACUGUGAUAUAUUAUAUUGUAGAUAUAUCUGUAUGGUUUCCUUCCUAGUAUGUGGCAUAUGAUGUAUAAUAAUAAUACGUCGAACGCUCAUGGUACUGUGCUGUGUGUGCCAUGUGCAUAGGGGUGGGUGCCUCAGGGUCAGGGAUUCGUGUGCGCUAUGCCGCAGCUUGGAUCUCGCCGUGGGCCGUGUCGUGUGUUUCCUCCUGCUCUGCUAUGUAUGUCAUCACUGACGGUGUGUGGAGGUUGGGUUCAUAUAUAUGCUUGUAAUGUUAGCUGGUUUGAGGUGUGGACUACGAGAGUAGUUUUGUUCAGUGUCUGGUAUCUAGUAGCUGAAGGUGUUUGCUUGAACUCUGUGAACUGUGAUGUGGGAUAAUGCUAAGAAGAUGAAUAGAUGAUCGUUGGGUUGUCU